AUGAUUGUCACUACGACCUGGAGCGCAAGGACCGCCUCAAAGGCUCAACGCAAAUCACACGCCUUGACUGCACUCUUGAUUGAAGUGAGCAGCCAGCUUGACGAUGAGAGCAAGAAGAGAGUUGAGGAUACCUUGGCAUCUUUCGAAGACGACACGCCGCCUCCUCCACCAACACCUGCUCUCUCUCAUGGCAAGCGCGCAAGAAGAGCUUCGUCACCUUCCCCCAAUGACGAUGCUCUGAGCGCCACCUCUGUAGAUGGCGGAGAAGCUCACGUCUCAGCUUCAGUCGGCUCCAACGAAGACCUAGACUUCGUCCAGGAGGACAUUCUCAAUACGGAUGAGGCAGACAACACGGGCUACAUGGGUCACAAUUCGCACGUUCAGUGGCUCAGAGCCCUGGAAACCAAGAUCGAACAGCCCGAGGGCGAACCUGCCAACAUGCCUUACGGGCCACCGGGCAUCGACGGCGACGCCUUUAACCAGCGUGCUGAAGCGCUCCACGGGCGUCAGCAACAGAGCCAAACUCGCCCUUCUCCGCACCAUGACAAGUAUUCUGGCUACUACUUUUACCUUGACAAAUCCAACAUCGACAUCGAUGUUGGUGAUCCACACGUCAUACCCUCUGCUGAGUCGGCCGAGAGGCUGUUCGACUACUACAAAGCAGUUGUGCACAGCCCAUUCCCCAUCUUAGGUGACAUGUUCGAAGCUCAACUGAAAACGUACUUUGCCAAGGAUCAGGGCAGUCCUACGCUGGUCGUCUGCCCAAAGUGGAAAGCUGUUAUGAACCUCGUAUUCGCUAUUGGCGCACGCUAUUCUCAUCUCAUCGGCGACGAAUGGCAAGCCGACGAUCGUGAUCACCUAGUGUAUAUGUGGAGAGCAAUCCAUCUAUUACAGCUCCAAAGCAUUGAUACUCUCGUUGCGCAGCCAGAUCAAGCGCUGAUUCAGGUAAAAUCCAUUGAAUUUGGACCCAACAUCUUUUGA